AUGCGUUCUCUAAACGAAGACGGCACAUUCCGUUGCGAAUGUCGUUCUGGUUAUCAACUAGCCCCAGACGGUCGUUCGUGUCUGACCAGUAUGGGCUGUCCGGGUGGCUGUGAGAACGGUGGCCAAUGUUUUCGGGGUCGAUGUCUGUGUAGGUCCGGAUUUCAGGGCGCUCGAUGCGAACUGGAUCAGGAUGAGUGUAGUUUGCCGGCCGCAUCACACGGAUGCACUUUUCAAUGCGUGAACACACACGGUUCGUACGAAUGCAUCUGCCCGCCGGGAUAUCGACGUUUAGAAGACAAACGAACUUGCGUGCGUUCCCCUGAGCAGUCAGUGUGCAAUCCACCUUGUCAGAAUGGCGGAGUGUGUCGUGAAAGCGGUCAAUGUGAAUGUCUCCGUGGUUACGAGGGCGUCGAUUGCAGCCAGGAUGUGGACGAGUGUGCCCGACUGAAACCUUGCGAUCCCGAUUUCGGUGAGUGUCGAAACACACCAGGCAGUUUUGAGUGUGUUUGCAAACCGGGUUAUCGUUUGAUGCUCGACGGACGCCACUGUAUGGCUGAGGGUCGAGCACAGCAUGCACCUCACCUGAUUUUCCGUGGCCGAGGUCAGAAGGGGAUUGUGAUGGCCAAUCGAAACACGGAAUCCCGUCCUUACGAUCGAACGACAUACAACGAGCCUGCCGUGGUUACAAAUAUGCACAGGAUGGACGGAACUAUCUCAUUCCGAAGGCUGCGCCGAAAGGUCCCUCCAACAGGGAGUGAACCGAGUCAAAUUAUUCGCCAAAACAUAUCACCUCGAACUCGACGAGUUUCUCUUUUGUCUCCGGCUUCUUCGUUCUCCGCCUCAUCAUCAUCACCAUCGAGGAAAGGAGACCUGGGUGUGCGUCGAAUACCAAGUGCAUCGUUCAGCGUGUACCGUACUAUGCGGUAA